AUGGGGCUGCCCGGCGGGCAGCAGACGGGCUGGUCGGCAGUGCGGUACUCGCAGCUGCACCAGGCAGGGGCGGAGGAGAUUGAGGAGGAGGGCGAGGAGGAGCGGCGGCUGACAGAUGAGCCCAGCGCUCCCCCAAUGUACAAUGAGCCAUGGGCCACUGAGGGCUGCCUGGACUCGGAUGCACCGCUGGGGCACAGCAGCCCCGCCGCCGCCAAAACCGUGCGGUUUGCAGAGGGGAGCGGCGGCCAAGGCGACGGCAGCAGGAGCGGUGCUGGUGCUGACGGCGGCCCUGCCAGCUCUCCGUGGUCGCCCUCAAGCCAGCCGGCUUGCCAUGGCAACAGCUGGGGGGCAGCGGCAGCCGUGUGCGGUGCUGCGCUAACCGGCGGCGUUCUGCGCUGGAGCUCCGAGACCUGCUGCAGCCAGGGGGAUGGGCAGGCAGGCAGCAGCUCGCCCAGCCGCCAGAUUUCUGAGGAGACGGCCAGGUUCCAGCGGCUGCUGGACACUCUGGCGGCCCGCAGGCGCGAGGCGGCGAUCGCUGUGGGCAGCCGCAGCCCGCCUGACAGCAGGCCGCCCUCAUGCAUCCGGGGCGAGGCCCGCACCUAUGUGGCAGCAAUGAGCGCCUCGGGGGAUGCAGCAGAGCAGCAGCGCCUGCUGCCGCUGACGCUGCCCGUCAGCGCCCCAUGGCCGGGCAUGUCCACAUUCCUGGGCAACCUGCGCAAGGCGGCAGAGGUGCAGCCCAGGCCACAAGGCGGCUUCUGGGACCAGCCCGUCACGGAGGACGAUGAGGCUGUGGGCGUGCCGGCAGCAGAAUCCUUGGGCAGCUCUGCACACUGGGUCAGCGGUGGUUGGAACGACGGCAGCAGCUGGGAGGGCUGGGCAGCAGCGGAGCAGCACUGGAGCCCCCCGGGGCGCAGCAUGAUGGCGGGUGCAACUGCGGGUGGACUUGCCAGGGAGGAGCCCUACCGUCACCCUGGGCAGUUCCAGGGGCCUGACCCGUCCCGCGCCGCCAGCCAUCAAAGUGCCGUCAUCACCUCCUCCGGGCCUGGUGCGGGAGCUGACGUGGCGGCGGAGACGGCGGCGGCUUCGUCUCUGUGCCUUGCCUUGCACCACAUCAAGUCGCUUGUAAUGGAGUACCCUACUGAGGAGCAGAAUGGAGGAGCAGCGCCGACAACGGCGUUCAAGGCUGCCGAAAAACGGUUGCAGCUGCACAGGGAGCAGCGCGUCAGCAGCAAGACCGGAAGGAGGCGCAAGGGGUUCAUCGUGCGCCCCACCGAUCUGUCAGACGUCGUGGACCUGCAGCCCGGCGCCCAGCACGCCGGGGUGACGUGCCUGGGUGUGCCGUCGGGCAUGCCGCCCACCGCUGCCGCCUACUCGUUCGCCAUGCACCCAGGCCUGCUGGUGGUGCGGGGUGCUCUGGAGCCUGCCCUGCAGCGGCAGCUGGUGAUGGAUGCCUUCACCCGCUUCUGCGAGCCGCCCAACCACACCAACCACACCAAGGCGUACCCGGGGGGCCUGCCGGGCAUCUGGAUCGCGGCGCAGCAGGGGCUGCGGCUCCAGCAGGUGGCGGCACAGCCAAAAGAGCUGGAGCAGGCGCACCAGGAACAAGAACAGCAGCAGCAGGAGGUUGCACCAGCGGUAACCAGGACAGAGCCGCAGUCGGUAGCUCCAGCAGCACCAGCAGCAGGGGUGUGGGGCCCUGGUGGCAGCGGCCCCACCGCGGAGAGCCUGCUGGUGCGGCUGCGCUGGGCCACGCUGGGUCCGCCUUACGACUGGACGCAGCGCACUUACCGACAAGACGUGCAGCACGUGCCGCUGCCGGCCCCGCUCCACCAGCUGGCCGCCUCGUUGGCUGACCUGGCGGCGCAGCUGCUGGGGGAGGGUGGCGACCAGCAGGGGCUGCUGGCCCAGGCCAGGCCGUACUGCCCGGAUGCAGCGCUGGUGAACUUCUAUUACGAAGGCAAGGAGGAGGAGCUGCAGCAUUGCAACACGGGGCGGGGCGACACGCUGAACGGGCACAUUGACGACGCGGAGCGCAGCCUCGACCAGCCCCUGGUCAGCCUCAGCCUGGGCUGCGAUGCCGUCUUCCUCAUGGGAGGCGCCAGCAAGGAUGUGGCACCCACCGCGCUGCUGCUGCGCAGCGGCGACGCUCUGGUGCUGAGCGGCCCCGCACGGCGGUGCUACCACGGCCUGCCGCGCGUGCUCACGGAUCGGCCGCUGCCCGAGGCGCUGCGGUGCGGCGGCGCCUGUGGGGCGGAUGGUGGCAGGGAUGGCACGAGCGAUGCCGAUGCGGCCAGCAGCAAUGGAACGGCCAGGGAAGCUACCAGCGAGGGCGACCCGUUCUGGCCUUUUGAGUGGCACAUGAGCCGCUGCCGCAUCAACAUCAGCCUGAGAGACACGCGCUGA